CUUUCUGCUGCGAACGGAAAGCUUCGUUCGUUGUUGGUUCGUCCAAGCAUCGGCCUUUGAUGCAGCCUGCUUUCACAUUUUCACAUUCUUGGCAUUAAUUACGAUUGUCUUCGCUUCCCUCUCCAAAAAGCAAUCAAUGAUAUGCCGGCGUUUGGGGAUUCUUGGUCUUCUUCAACAGUCACCCUGUACCUGUACAUAUCUCUUUCUCUUGGGAAAUCCUCUUCCCUCAAGGCUAAGAGAAGCUGGCGCAUUAUUUGUAUUGACUUGGAGUCAACCAUUUCAAAUUUCCUCUUCCUUUCCCUUUCCUUUCCUAUGUUACAACGCUUUCUUGAUCCCACAAUCGUACGGAUUUCACUUUUAUGAUGUCCAUUACGUGUGAUACAAUAUGGCAGCUCUUUCAAUCUUCAAAUCCAAGGCCACGGAUUCACAUUUUCCUUCAUCCUUAAGUUCUUGCCUCCGGCUUUCUUCUUCUCCUUAUUCUCUCUCUCGACAAAAAUACUGACGAAACUUUUGUGUGGGUUUUUGAGGAUUGUUGUGUCUGAGAUUGGACUGACGUGGAUUUCUCAUUGGAUUCGAUAGUUUCGGAAAGAGAAAGAGUAUAAAGUCAAAAUAUGAUGGCAAGUACUAGUAGUAAUGUGAAGAACGAUGAACUGAAGGGGAAAAAGUUGAUAGAAGAUCAAAAUAGGAUGGCAAGUAGUAGCAGACAUGUGAAGAAGGAUGAACUGAAGGGGAAAAGUUUGAUAGAUUUGGUGUUUUCUUGGUCACUUGCUGAUGUUUUCAACAAAAAUCUUUACAAGGCCAAGAUUGAGACAAUUCCGAUGACAUUUUCAUCGACUGGUCAGUAUUUGAGGUCGUUCAUCUAUCCACUGAUCGAGGAAACUAGAGCAGAUUUGCACUCUAACAUCGGAACAGUGGCCCGAGCACCUACCCGCGAAAUAAUUUCAGUGAGAAAAGCAAAGGAUUACCCCAAGAAAUUGUCCUACAGAAUUUUGAUGAAGGACCUAAGGGAAAUUGCAAAUGUUGAAGGAAUGUAUGGGCCUGAGGUUGGAGACCUCAUUGCCCUGACAGACGUGAAACCAAAAUGCAUCAAUGAUCUGAACAGGCCUCAAAUGCCUUAUCUUCUCGGUUUGGUUACGAAGAUGAAGCAUGACAGCCCUGAAAUGACGAUAUUGUCAUCAAAGCCUAUCGCGUUUGUUGCAGAUGAGCCAGAGGAUGAGACAGGGAAGGAGAAAAGUCUUUUCGUCGUUUAUCUGACAAACAUGACAACAAAUAAUCGUAUAUGGCAGGCAUUGAACUCGGGGCUGGCUGGAGGGAACAUGAACAUCAUCAAAAGGGUCAUGCUAUUUGAUUCUACAGUCGGAAGCAAUUGUAGCGAUUGCAUCUCUCAAGAGAACAAGAAUGGAGCUGUAACCAAUGCAUAUAAUGCCGUAGGAUCUUCUAUGCUGAAUCCUUCUCAAACGGCUGCAGUUUUAGAGGGUGUGGCUGCAAGUGAAUGUCGUCAUCAGAAUACAGUUAAACUAAUAUGGGGACCUCCAGGGACUGGGAAGACAAAGACAGUCAGCUCACUAUUGUUUGCACUGUGGAAGAAGGGAUGCAGAACCUUGACUUGUGCUCCGACAAACAUUGCAGUGUUGGGGGUUGCAAAACGGCUUGUUGGUUUGGUUGAGGAUGCUCUUGAGUAUGAUUCUUAUGGAUUGGGAGAUGUCGUUUUAUUUGGUAACGGGGAGCGAAUGAAGAUCGACAAUCAUGAAGACCUGUUUGAUGUGUUUCUUGAUUACCGUAUUGUUGGUCUUGACCAUUGUUUUGCUCCAUCAACUGGCUGGAAAAGUACUCUAGAGUCUAUGAUAAGCCUUCUUAAAGACCCUGAGCAUCAAUACCGUUUGUAUUUGAAAAAAUCUAAUAAUGAUGAUAAGAAUGAAGAAGAGGAUAAAGAAGGGGAAGGGGAGGUAAAGAGUAAUCAAGAGGAAGGGGACGAUAUCAAUGAUAAAGACUUCAAAGAGACGCGUAGAAAGAAAAUGAUGAGGUCAAUAGUUGAAACUUUGAAGGAAAACAAGAAGAAGGAACAGAAGAAGAAGAAGAAGACAAAACAGCACAUGAAGGAGCCUUCUCAUAACCAAGUGAAAAGUUCGUGUUUGACAUUUGAAGAAUUCGUGUUUCAGAGAUUUAAAUUUAUUAACAAUCGGCUGCAAUUUCUUGGCCCAAAUUUGUACACUCAUUUGCCAACGUCAUGCCUUUCAGUGGAACAAGUAAAGAAGAUGAUCAGGGCUCUUGAUCUGCUAAACUCAAUUCGAAAGUUGCUGCAUGACAGUGGUACAGCAAUUGAUGGUUUGAGGGAAGUUCUCAAUGGAGUUCAAGGUGUAUGGAUCAAAAAGGGAUUUUUAGAGUUGACUUUAGCCAAGACAGAGUGCAUUGAAAUACUCGAAAUUCUUAGUCAAACAUUAUCACUUCCAAGUUUAACUGAGUAUAGUGAAAUUCGAAGCUUUUGCUUACAAAAUGCGUGCUUGAUAUUUUGCACUGUUUCAAGUUCUGCUAAAUUGCCCCCAGAAAGGAAGAAACCACUGGAAAUGCUGAUUAUCGAUGAAGCAGCUCAGCUCAAAGAAUGCGAGUCCGCCAUUCCUUUGCAGCUUCCCGGUCUUCGCCAUGCUAUACUCGUUGGGGAUGAACAACAGCUUCCAGCAAUGGUCCAAAGCAAGAUAUCUGAGAACGCUGACUUCGGAAGAAGUCUAUUUAAGAGGCUGGUAUUAUUGGGACAAAGGAAACAUCUUCUGGAAGUUCAGUACAGGAUGCAUCCAUCAAUAAGCUUAUUUCCAAAUAGAGAGUUUUACGACAAAAAGAUUUUGGAUGCUCCAACAGUUACGCAAAAAUCUUAUGCGAAGCGCUUCCUGAAAGGGAAGAUGUAUGGCCCCUACACUUUUAUAAAUGUAACGAAUGGCCAAGAGAGGAUUGAUGACAGGCGUAGUACUAAAAACAUCGUUGAAAUAGCUGUGGUCAUGGAAAUUGUUGCAAUGCUCUUUAAAGAAUCUGUGGCCUCAAAACAGAAGAUAAGUGUUGGUUGCAUAUCCCCGUACAAGGCUCAAGCAUCGGUCCUUCAAGAAAAACUUGGAAAGAAAUACAAAACAGUCAAGGAAAGUAACUUCUCGGUGAGUGCACGAUCUGUCGACGGUUUUCAAGGUGGCGAGGAGGAUGUGAUAAUCAUCUCUACUGUCAGAUGUAACGCGCAGGGAAACGUGGGCUUCCUCUCCAAUCUUCAGAGAACGAACGUGGCUCUUACUAGAGCAAGGUAUUGCUUAUGGAUAGUGGGGAAUGGUGCUACACUGCUUAACAGUGGCACUGUUUGGAAGAGACUGGUUUUAGAUGCCAAGGCAAGAGGGUGUUUCUAUGAUGCUGUGAAUGACAAGAACUUAGCUCCAGCUGUUGCAGGUGCCCUGGUAGAGCUUAAUCAACUUGAUGUGCUGCUCAAACGAGACUCCCCAUUGUUCAUUAAUGCAAGGUGGAAGGUUUGCUUCAGUGAUGAGUUUAUGACAUCCAUGGCUAGGAUCAAGAAUGUGGAGGCUCGAAAGCGGGUGGUUUCGCAUCUGGAAAAGCUAUCGGGUGGCUGGCGACUGAACCAGGAGAAGAGAGCUCCCAACAUGAACGGAGCUCUCUCUCAAGUUUUGAAGUUGCAUGCAGUUGAUGGGUCACUCAACCUUGCAUGGAGUGUGAACAUAAUGAGGAUAAAUUCGGAAGACAUCCAGGUUCUGAAAGUCUGGGAUGUUCUUCCGUUGUCGGAGAUACCAAAACUAUCCAAGCGUCUGGCGACCGAAUUUGGAAAUUAUACACCCACUACUCUCAACCAAUGCACAAGCAGAAGAAUCUUAGGGAACUUGACAUUUCCAAUGACAUGGCCGGCCGGCACCAGCGAUUCCAUAGAGUCCCUGGAAAGCAGAGUUGCUUCACUAAGCCUGUAGGAAGAUCAGCCUAGACCUUAUGCUAAAAGAUGAAGAGCAACCAAAAUAGGUUUGGAAGUAAAAAGACAGCAAGGUGAUGCAGCACAAGAGAGAGCAGAGAAAUAUUUGGCUUCUUUUGAGCAUCCGAAGGGCAAGAUUUGAGCAACGAGUGUGUAUAGCUGAGCUGAAUGGUUCCCGAAAAUAUUACAUUAAAGUACAAUCUUUUGUUGCAAGCUUGCAAUUGUUAAAACAUGACUGGAUAAUGAAUGUAUUUAAUCUAAAUGGGGUUGUGGGCUGGCUUUUCGGUAUGGUAUGGACUUACUAAUACAGAAACAAUGUUUAAAGAACAUCGGCCAAAAUAACUCAUAAUUAUAGAAAUAUCCAUUAAUUGAUUGC